UCGAGAAGCUCCCAGAAUUCCCGGUACCAUUUCCUCUUCUUCACCCGAACCCCUCUCCUUGUUCUUAUCUCGCUGUCAAAGUAUAGAGCAGCAAGGAUCGCAUCAAAGAGAUGGGAUCCGAGACGUUCCUUGAAGUAUUACUGGCCAUACUGUUGCCACCCGUGGGAGUCUUCCUUCGUUAUGGAUGUGGUGUGGAGUUUUGGAUUGACCUUUUGCUGACCAUAUUGGGGUAUAUACCGGGUAUUAUAUAUGCCAUAUAUGUGUUGGUAGGAUAGUGUUAUAAUGAGUGGAUGCAUGGUACGUAGAUGGAAAUGUUGUUAUGUCGAGUAGUAGCAGCAGGGUGGGGAAAGGAACUGGUGUAUGAGUGAGCAUUCCAUGAUCUGUUCUUUUUUCAAUAAUAUGUCGUUUAUCAUCUUAUUUUUAAUGAUUGAAUUGGCCGAAAAUAUGAAGAUCUGCAA